AUGUGUGAGAAGACCGAAUGUGUUCUUUAUCGAAUGCGUUUAAAACGUGCGAAGGGAGUACAAUGGACUGAAGUCCACGUGCUCAACAUGAUUCCUCAGCUAUCAGAUGUCAUUCUAAGAGAGAUUAAGCAAAUUAUUGCCAUUCAUCGCCUUCUGCACGAGAAUGGAGGAAGCCCUGCACAUGAUCGCAGCGAUAUCCGAUACUUUGAUGGUUUUUAUAAAAGUAUAGAAAGUGCUGAGGACUUCAGAAGAGGACGCAUGAAGAUUCUACUGUCACUAUCAAUCGACGGAUUUGUUCCAAAACGAAUCUCGAGGCGUGAGAUGUGGCUUCUUUAUCUGCGCGUUGAUGACUUGCCAAAAGAAGAAGCCGACAAAUACUUGAAUUCUAUACUCUGUGGCAUCAUCUACUCUUUGAAAAAGCCUUCAGCAAGGAUGUUGGAAACACUAUUCGCUAGACUGGAGUCCGAACUGAAUGCCUUGAAAACGGAGCCUAUUGAGAUUGAGAUAGAUGGAUAUUGCUGGUCCAUAGAAGUUAAUGUAAACAGAGGAAUUGCUGAUAUGUCAUUCCGUACAUUUGAGGCUCAAAAUGCGCUUUUUGGCAUCCCCCGCUGGAAUUCUGCACAAGGAUGUUCAAAAUGUUUGAUUAUGGGCCAACGCAUAGGUGGGCAUCGAUAUCGAAUACACUACAUGGAGUCUGUUGAAUCUCUUUUGGCAUAUUUCUCCUGUAGGAUGACGAGAGCCGAUUGGGCUCCUGCUGUGAAAGUGACCUGA